GAAAACGUGUGAUGUGUGAGGAUAAGGACAUUUGCAUUUAAACUACAACUGUUCUGAAUUUGUUGAGACUUGUUCUACCUCAUGUUCUUAUAAACCUUACUGUUUAUUCUUUUCACAUAAGUCCUGCUCACAUUUCAGCUAGAAAGAGAUUGGUGUUAACACCUAAAACUGUCAAUAAUCAGUUACAUAAUAUUUAUUCCCUUUACAACAAUAUUUUCGUGAGCAAUAUGUCAUGACAGCCAUAAGUGUGUCGGUUGAACAUGAGCCAGAAACAUUUAAUUGAUGUUAUUUGCAUUAGAAAUGAUUUUUUAAUCUAUGAAUGAAAAUCAUUUUGUUGAAUCUCCUCCUCCUUUGGUUUGCCUCUCCUCUGUGUCUUUAAGUGUCAGUAUCGCUUCACUUCUCACUACAAUCCUACUCACAUCUCAGCUGAACAGUAAAGAUCAUUUACACCUGACAACAUGCUGUGGACCCUGUGCACUCUCAUCACUGCUCUAACAUAUGUUGAUGCAGUCAUCGUGUUGACCCAAACACCUGCUGUCCACACAGUUUCUUCAGGUCAAGAAGUUGUUCUCAACUGCAACAUAGAGAGAUAUGAUAGGAAUUCUGUUAGAUGGUAUAAACAAGUUCCUGGUGAGGCUCCUCAAUAUGUUCUAAGAUUUCAUCAUUCUGACAGCUCACUAAGCUUUGGAACAGGAUUCUCCUCAGACAGGUUCAACUCUAAAUCCUCAUCAAAUAUUGAUUACCAGUUCAUUAUCAAGCAAGCAGAAACAGGAGACUCUGCAGUGUAUUACUGUCAUACAUAUGAUAACUCUGCUUCUGCACACGUAUUCGGACAAGGCACCAAGCUGAUUGUGACAAGCUCCAGCCUUCCUCCUCCUGUCCUGACAGUCUUCCCUCCAUCCAGUGCUGAGCUCCAGUCCAACACAGCUUCUCUGGUCUGUCUGUCCAGUCAGUCUGUGUCUUUUGCAGAUGUGAGCUGGUUGGCUGGUGGGGGUCCAGUGAGCAGCGGGAUCUCUACCAGCACUGCUGUUCAGAGACCAGACCAGACUUACCAAAUCAGCAGCUCUCUGACCAUCCAGACAUCAGACUGGAACAUGGAUAAGGUUUAUACAUGUAAAGUGUCUUUGGGCUCGCAGACUUCAGAGAAAACCAUCAAGAAGUCAGAAUGUCCCACUGAAUAGUCGAGGACCAGAAUUUUAAAGCAUUUAAAUUCAGCUUUUUUACUAUUUGCGCUGUUUGCUUAUUGCAAAGCUGAUAUUUUAGAAAUCAGAAUAAAGCAAAAGGUUCACAUCAUUUGUUCAUUUCCAUUUUCAUGAACAGAUAUUUGCAGUUGUUAUGGAUUAAAUCA